UAAGUGCGCUUUUAUACUGAGUGAAACCUGACUUAGUAGACCUGUGAUCAUCUGUGAUCUUGUGCGCAGAACUCAAAUUCAUCAGGUUCCAUAUAAUUAUUAUCAAUUUAGUAAAGACGACACUCGAGAGGUUAUAGUUGAAUAGUCGAUUAUCACCAGCACAGCGUUCGUCUAGUGAUCCACGGGUAUAUUGCGCGAUGUUCUUUCAGAGGAAUCAUGAUUGAUUGAGUCAAUUUAUAUUUGAAAUUGUGUGCCUUAGUUGGGUUACUGUGUCACGACAAGUGUUUCUUCAGGACGUUCAGUGACUACAAGUUACCGCUACAGAAACCGGAUAAACAACCCAUCAUCGAAAGAAUUCGAAAGCAAGUAAUGAUACGAGCUGGAUAUACUUUAAGAUGGAAUACAACUAUGCGGACCAUCUGGAUCUGGAAUGGGAAAGCUUGCUGAAUGGCUAUUUGAAGUCGUUUUCCUGCGAAAGGGAAGGCAAAGGGGUCAACUACGACGAAGUGCUCGCAAAAAUAUUUUCCUCAGAUAAUGAAGUGGAACAGGAAACAAACUAUAGAGACAAAGAGCAAUGCGAAAAAUGCCUAUCUGAGUCGCUAAACUUCCUAUCGAAAAGAGCCACUUUGCCUAGACAAAGCCAAAUUAGGUUUUUACUGACUUUAGCCAAAUUCACCUCAAGAGACGAAACCUGUUUUAUAAAUUUAACGGCAAACAAUGUUCUGCCGGGAUUGCUGUACGUCUCAAAACCCACCGACAUUCCCUUUGAAAAAGAGACGAAAAUCCUGUUUCUGGAGCUUCUGGAUUCGUUCCUGGAGCAUCAGAGCGGAAUUAAUGGACUGAUGGAAACGAAAUACUGGACAUAUGCCUAUAAAGUGACUUUAGACCAUCAGGGACUAGAUGAGGAAGUUACUACCAUUGGGUACAAAUUCCUGACAAAACUCCUAGACAAAAUGCAUAGUUUUAACAGUGAAUCAUGCUAUUCAGUUCUACAUGUAUUAGCAGGACCACUAUUAAGUUCAGCCCGAAUAAUCGAAGCAACACGAUCAAACAGUCCAAAAGAACACUUUCAAAUGAUACAAGAUCUAAAGCCCAGCUUAUUGUGUUUGGUUGAAAUCCAGGAAAGAUUACUCGAAGCGUAUACUGCUGGAGUGUUGCAUUUGAUGGUUAAUCUUGAGGUUGAUGUAGCAAGUGAUACGAUUUCGAAAACUACAAACGAUAAAGUCGCAUGUCUUAGCUUAGAUCGAAUAGUGUUAACUUUGUCUUUUUUUAAACUCGCUGAUAUUUUCGAUGGUAUUAAGUCCAUUAAUGAAGACCCCCUUGCUAUCACCGGCUUUUUGAGAAUAGCAGAGACUGAAACAGAUAAAGGGUUGAUAGAUUUGGUGUUUGAGCUGUAUUACUACGCCUUGAAGUACCUGAAAAACAUAUCGGAAAAGCUGCCAAAAUAUACACUGAAAGGAAAAAAUCUUGAUAUUGAAAAUGAACUUGUCGGUUUGCAAUUGGAGCUUAUUUUGCUGAUCUCGGAAAAGUUGGGACAUCAGUUGCUCAAAAAUCUCGAUUUAGAUAUGAUGCGAAUGACGUACGUCUCAAAACUGGUUCAAAAUUUCAGCUUCAACUCGCUUCAAGUUGGGCAAAAAAUCCGGAAAAACAUUCCUUUGCUUCCUUUUGAGGCAUUCAGCGACUCGGUGAAAGUCAUAAUCCGCUCGCGACAUCUGUACUCAAAAGAGCAUUUGGGCACCGUUUUCGAAACGCUCAUUUACUCAAUGCAGGAUACAGUUGACUAUGUAAAACAAGUCGUAAGUCAGCAACAAGCCCCUGAAGCCGGACUUAAAACCUACAUGCUGCAACUCUUGACCGCUAUGUAUAUUUUCAUCGAAUCUUUUAACUUAGGAUGGUCCGAUAGUGUUAAAAUAUUGGAAUUGUCUUAUAUUCUGAAUUCGGGAUGCACAGCUUAUCAGUGGCCAACACCGAUAGUUGUGCAAGCUUGCAAACUACUCGAGCUGGUAAUUGCAAGACGACUAUCGCCUUCAAUGUCUUUACUGAUAGACUGCAACGAAGAUCUAACCGAAUUAGGACCUACAUUGUAUCACAAAUGUUUCACAACUGAAUGGGAAGUUCGGAAAUCCGCGCUGGAACUCAUUAACACCAUUACGAUUAGUGCGAACACAAGUUUUGCCUCAUUCAAACACAUACUUAUCGAGGCAUCCUUGCCGCAUCUUAUCUCGACAAUGGCUCUAAACGACGAGCAUCAUUUAGUGAGAGCGGCAGCUUUUAAGUGUCUCCAAGAGAUGUUCGAAUGGAACGAUAUAGAAAACAUCAUUCCUAGAAAUCCAUAUAUUAAUAAAGUUUUAGAUGUACUAGCAACUCACAUAGAUCCGCUAGUGAAGGCCGAAAUGGUAAAAUUGGUGCGUAUAGCAUGUUUAAACCAAGAGGGGCUAGAAGAUGCAGUUUUGAGCAAAGUCUACCGGAGUAUGGAACAGAUUAUGUCGCCGAUGGCUUCCAGUUUAGUCCAGGUAGAAGGGCUUCAGUUUUGGUGCUCCAUCACUAUAAAACAUUUAUCGCAACAAGGUUGGUUGGAUCGAAAAUUCCCGUCAGUGACUUUUUCAAAACGGAUAAUAUCCAUGACUAAUCAGGAAGUACGGAAGCGAGUCUAUAAAGCCUUAAACGAGCUAACUGCAAUUGGGUGUUUGAGCACACUAGUUAAAGUGGCUCGCUUUGAAAAUCUGUCCGAAGAACCUGAAAAAUACCUUAAUAAAAUCCUUCUGCGAUUUAACGAAUUAUUUCGAGAACACGAUAUUACUCCGGAAUCAAUGGUGUUUAAUCAGGAGUUUGAGGAUAUGCCACACGUUUCUAACUGCAACUUUUCAACAUCGCUCAAUUUGCAGCAGACUAACGACUCUGAUAAAUUGCUACAAGAAAUCAUCGACGAUACUGUAAUGAAAAUGAUUCCUGAUGAUUUAGAGUUCUGUCAAGAUGAGGAUCUCUACACGUUAAUUGACGAAAAAUUUGCUAGGAAAAAUGCUCAUUUCGUCCGGCCAUUGAUGGGACUCGAGGCUUCAUAUACAACUCCCGCUGAAUUUGUGGACUUUGUUUUUCAAAGAAUCGCUUAUAUAACUUGCAGGAAAGACUCAGAGUACAAUAAGAAUAUGUCUUCUCCCCAACUAAAAAGUGCUGAUGUGUACAAUAUUAUAGAUUAUUAAGCGAAAUAUAUCAAUCAUUUUGA